AUGAUGGGAUACGGGGGUCAACCCUUUCACCCCUCCCAGCAGCAACAGCAGCAGGCACAGCAAACCCAUCCUUCCAACCAAGCCCAGCAUCCCCUGGCCCCUCAACGUCAGCAUGUCCCAUCGCCGUCGCUUGGCGCCGCGCCGAACCUCCCGCAACACGGAAGUCCCUUCCCAAGCAAUAAGCCAAUAUUUCGGGCACAGCCGCAACAGAAUUUUACCGCAGCGCAAUCACCGGAUCUACGUAAAAUGGCUCCGACUUCGACAGGGCCGUUGGCGGGGUAUCCCGCCACCACAAGCUUUGCAGCACAAUACCCUGCCCACUUUGCGCCACAGGGUUCACCGGAUCUGAUGUCGCGAAAUUCCGAUCCGAUGGCUUUGCAGAAUAUUCAGAGAGGGUACAAUCCAAUUGCGCACUUGCGACCGCAGCCAGGCAUGAGUCCUGGAAUGAGUGCCGGGAUGAGCCCUCCGACUGCCAUGACACAUCAGCAUGCUGCAGGGAUAUCGUCACCACAGCAGUCUUUAAAUAGGCUGCCUCACUCGAGCGUUCAUCAGCGGGAAAGCUUCCCAUCGGCUAGCCCAUCUAUGGCGAGUCCCUCCAUGUUUGCCAUCAACCAGCAGAGACAGCCUCAGUCCCAGCCGCAAUCCCCCCAACAGACACAUCAGCAGUUGCAGGCGAGGCAGCAACAAUACCAGCAGCAACAGCAACAUCAGGAACGGAUGCAGCAGCAACGGAUAGAGCAGCAAAAACAGAUCCAGCAGCAGCAACAGCAGCAGCAGCAGCAGCAGCAACAACAGCAACAACAGCAGCAGCAGCAGCAGCAGCAGCAGCAGCAGCGAUUGGAACAACAGCAACAACAACAACGGCUGGAGCAGCAGAAGCAGCUAGAACAGCAAAAGCUAGAGCAGCAGAAACGCCUUGAGCAACAGCAGCAACAACAGCGUCUUGAACAGCAGAGGCUAGAGCAGCAGCAGCAGCAGCAACAGCAACAGCAACAGCAGCAGCGCCUCGAGCAGCAGCGACUGGAGGCGCAAAGACAGCAUCAGCAACGCUUAGAGAAACAGCGGUUGGAGCAACAGCAGAAGGAACUUUUGGAACAACAGAGAUUACAAAAGUUGCAACAACAAUCUCAAGCACAAAAUCCUUAUCAGCAACAACCUUCUCCCUUUGCACAGCAUACUCAAUCCCCAUUCCACCAGUACCAGCCGCAGGGCUUCGUUCAACAACCUGUCCAAUUCAAUCAGCAGACUCAACCUCAAUUCACCUCUUCGCAACAAACUCCCCAGUUCCAGCACUAUCAACCACCGUCGCAAGCCUCGGCAGAUGCCUCACGACAAUCUGUGGUGCCGUCUGGAACGUCGUCAACGGGGAAUCAGACUAUUAAGAUGGAAGACCACAGCCCUGCUCCGAAAAAGAAGGCCGUUCCAAAGCCACGGAACUCUCUAGCUGCCCAGCCUCAAUCUACUCAGACUCAAAUGCAGCAAAGUAUUCCCGCUCCUGUACCGACUGCCACUCCUGCUCAGCCCAAUGGUCAAGUACAACUAGCUACCGGUGACCCUUCCACUCCAACGCCAAAGCGCAAACGUGGACGUCCACGCAAGGAGGAAGUGGCGGCUAGGGCUGCUCAGGCUGCUGCUCAAGCUGCAGCAAAUGGCCAACCCAUUCCGGGAACAUCGCAGCCUGGACAAGCAUCAUUCAAUCCUAAUAUGACGCCCACGGCCGCUGGUUCAGCUGUGGGUUCUCAGCUUACUCCCAUUAUCGGUCCUGAUGGAACUCCAUUACCUCUCAAGCGUAAACGUGGUCGUCCUCGCAAGGCAGACCAGAUUGCUUGGGCGGCUGCAACAGGACAGCCAUUACCACCACCGAAGCCAAGAAAACCUCCUCAGCCCAAGGCAAACAAGCCUAAGCAACCUGGUACAGGUCGGCCUCGUGGAAGACCUCGCAAAGCAGAUAUUGCGGCGGCGGCUGCGGCAGCAGCUGCUGCUGCAGGCGGAAACCCGAUCCAGGUGGAGAACAAGCCGAACUUAGGGGAUAGUGCAGAGAUGAACCAGGCUCAUAAGCGUGCGGCACUCACGAGAGAUGACGAUCCAAGCAAGCGACUUUGUCCAACCCCUCCAUACCACCAACAAGGCCAAAUGCAACAGCAGCAACAAUUACCUCAAUUACCUCAGCAGAAUCACUCGCUUCCCCAGCCUGGUCAAUCGAUGGCCGGGCAGUCGAUGCAAGGACAGGCGAUGCCUGGCCAAUCAAUGUCCGGACAAAAUAUGUCUGGUCAAUCAAUGCAAGGACAGUCAAUGUCACAGGCUCAUCACCUCCAACAGCAGGCUCAGCACAUGACGACCCAAGCAAGCCAACACAUGCCCCAACAACUCGCACACCAGCCUGGACAAGCUCUGUCAAUGCCACAUAUGCACAUGCAUCAACAGUCGCCUAUUCACUCAGCGCGACCUACGCCCCCACAUGCCUUUAUGCAGAUGCCUCCUUUGCAGCAAGUUCAGGCCCAACCGAUACACGGACACCCCCAGCCCCAGCUUCAAGGCGCUCAGACACACGCACAAGGCAGAGUUCCACCCCGCCCUGCACCACAGCAUCAACAUCAACAUACAUUCCAGAUCCAACUCCAGCCUCAGCCGACCUAG